AAGAAAGGCAAAGGGGCUGGGGUCGCUGUGGGUGGUGCCACGUGGGAGGACGCGUGUUAGAGGCACACAGCAAGUGUAGGUCCCUCCCUUUGUCACUGGCCAGCAGUGUUCUUCCCCCGGUCAGCUAUUUCCCUUCCACAGGCCUCAGUUCCCCUCUGAAAACACCAGCAUCACCGGCCAGUGGUAAAAAUUAAACACGCUCUUAAUCUUCCAGGCUCUGUCCUGGACACACGGUGACCAUCACCAGCAUGAGUCAAAGGCCACGAACCAGGCAUGUGUGGCUUCAGGAUGAAGGGACUGCACCCACACCCCAUUCAGUGGGGUGACCCCUUCCUGCUUCAUCCUGCUCCCCAGCAGCCACCUCCUCCCUUGGGGUGCUGGCUGUCCCCAGCCACACACCAGCCCGCACAGACCCGUGGCCUGUGUCCUGUCUCCCCAUCCCCCCAGGACAGCCAGGCUGUGUAGACAGGGCAGGGGACCAGCAUCUUCUGAGGCCCCAGACACAGCUCCUCAGGCCCUGCCUUUGGCCCCCACACACCUCCACCCCCCAAGGGGGAUCCUCACGGGACAGCAGCGAUGCCCCACGGAGUGUCCUGGAGGGUGGGGCGGGGUGAGCGCCCAUGCAGGCAGGGCGAGGCCAUGCAAGGCAGGCUCCCCAUCUCCGGCUCAUCAAACAUCUGCUGCCGCGGGCCCGCCCAGAGAAAAGUGGGAUCAAGGCCUACAGAAGCCCCUGCCUCGCACUCUGCUGGGGUCUCCAGGGAGGCAAAGCCUCUGCUGGUCCACUGCGGCCCUAAAGGCUGCAGUUGAGACACCCGGGCUGCCAGCUCCAGACUUACAGGGGCAUCUCCACCCUUUGCAUGCCUAAACACCACCCCCCGACCCCUCCUUCUCCCACACUGGGACCCUCCCAGGGCACUGGACCCCACCGGGCCCCAAGGUCCCCAGGGGCCAUAAGACCCCCCUCCCAUCCCACCCCAGGAGGAGCACUGCCCGUAGCUCACUGAGGCAAUGUCCAGCCUCUAAGCCCAGGAGCUGCCUGUGCUGGAAAAUCACCUCCAAUUUCCAGAUGAGGCCUGGGCCGGGAGAGCGCUCUCUCUCCCCAUACUCUGCACCCCGCCCCAGCUUCUUCCCCUGCCUGCCAUGUGCCUCGGCCCCCAGGAGCCCCAGUCCCCCCCCACAGCCUGCAGCAAAGCCCCAUUCACACCUCCUAUGACAUGGUCCUGCUGCCCUCCAGGACCCUAUCGCCUAGUGCAGGAUGGGUGACCAGCAGGCAGGGCACAGCAGCCAGGAGCAGCUCCUAGGAGCCCCUGAGCCCCGCCCUGGCUGAUGCCUCCUGGUCCAUGUCUGACACAUCCUCAGAAGCCCAUUUCUCAGAUGCGGUAUCCUCAGCCUUUGGGAGGGAUUUGGGACACUUGAGCAGGGCCCUGAAGCCUGGGUAGGAGUUCUCCUAUUCCGACUUUCAGGCCACCUGUGGUCAGGGGGUUCCCUGUGCUGCCCGAGGUCCCGGCGUGCCUGCUGCACUAGCUGGGGUGCCCUCCCUUUCAGCAGUCCUCAAAGGAGUCUCACCAUGCUAGGAAAUUUUAAACCCCAGCCUCAGCCUGCAUGGUCCCCUCCCCCUAAGGCACCCCUCACUGUCUUGUCUCCUCUUCUGUGGGUGCUCCCUGACCCUCCUCUUCCCCCUCCAGGCUGGCCCCAGGCUCUCCCUCUCCUCCCACAGCCCUGAAAGGUCAUAUUGCCAGCAUUGCCAGCACUCAUGUCUGGGUCUCUGUCUCUCCCACCAGAAUAGGGGCUCCUUUAUGGAUGGGGGUCCUGUCCAGCUCCUCCCUGAACCCCGGAAGGCACAGGGAAGAGCCACUCUGUGGCUCCAAUUCCAAGACUGCCUCUGAGCUUCAUAACUGCCUCUCUCUCUGCCAUUGAAGGCUCAUGCAUUUUAGAACUUUCUCCGGAGGAAUAAUUCACUCUUUGCCAUGACCCAAUUAUCUUUCCAGUUUCUGGGCAGAGUUACUGAGCGAUGUUCUGAGGGAGGCUUGGUGGGCAGGCUGGCAGCGGGAGAAGGGUCUCACCUGCAGGCUGCCCAGGGGCUCUUCCUCCCACCCUCCCGGGCCCGAGGCCCCUUCCCACACCCCUAGCUCCACAGCAGCAAAGCGGGGCUGUGGGGUGGGCCAAUGCCUCGAGGCAUCACCACAGCCAGGCUCUGGAGCAGAGGGCCCUGCAUCUGUGUGCGCUGCCUUUGCAGCCUCAGUUCAGGCUCAGGUGCAGCUCUAAGCCUCAGUUUCCCCAGCAGUAGAUGGGCUGGUUUGGGGAUUCCGUGAGUUGAUGCCUGUUGUCAGCACCGCACUGGGCACCAAGUGAAGUGCCCAGAAAGAGACUCUGGACUCAGAGGGAGCCAGGGCCCAAGCCUGCUUCUCCUGCUGCCUGCUGGCCUGUCUUGGGGUCUGCCUUCUGCUCUGUCAUGUCCCCUGCUGAGCCUCUGUUUCCCCAAAUAUAAAUGUAAUUGAGGUUUUUAGUACCUUCCUUACUGGUAGCUGGGAGGACCAAGUGAGAAAACGCCUCUGAAAUAACCUAAUCAAGUAGACAAUGCUCGCCAGAUGAGCUCAGAGGCUGCAGUGGAGACGGCGUUCCUGCAUUGGACAGACACUCCAGGCCUGCCCCAAGGAGCCCGUCUGAUGGAGGAGGCACGCACAUGUGUUACAGGACCAGGAGAUGCGUAUGCCCACAGCGCUGUAACACACCCCUGACAUGGAGACAGCAGGGUUUGCAGCAGAGAAAGGGCUUAUUGAUCACAGGGCAGUGAGUGAGGGGGUGGGAGGGAGCCGCAAAUCCGUGUCCCUGAAGAGUUCCGGGCUGGGGUUUUUCAGGGGAUCAUGGAGGGUGAGAGGCUGGAGAAUUGGGUUGGCUGAUUGGCCGGGGUAAGGGGCUGAAAUCAUCAAGAUGUGGGGACUUCACGAUUCUUCGGCAGCUCAGGUCCUCCAGGGUCCUACGGGCCGGCUGGCAUCAGGAGCUUCCUCGGCACGCAGGGCCUGAAGGGGCAUCUCAGAGGGAAACACAUGUUCCCAGCGCUCAUCUGCAGAGCAGUCGAGAAGGCAGUGGACUUGUGGCCGGGCCUGUGUGACUCUGGGGCCACAGGCAGCAGACAGGCUUGAGGCAGCCUGUCAGAGCACAACCACCCAGGGACGAGUGUGAGGGCGCCAGGCUGGGUUCAUUUUCGUUUCUCCCCCUCCCUUCUUCCCUGGUUAAUUUUAUGAAGUUUAUGGGGACGAUUUCACACACACACAUGCACGCACACUCCUGCCCACUCCAUACAGCUCCCAGGCGGUCACAAGGUGAAGGCUGCCCUUCCGACAAGGGGCUGGUGCUCUGCCAGCUGGAAGGGGCACAGGGAAAGGACCCCCCACCAAGCCCAUUGGCCUCCAACAUCCUUCCAGGAGGCAGGUGUUCAGCCCCAGACACCCCCACCCCAGCCAGCCGAUGCAGCUCAGGAGGGGGAGGGAGUGGUGCUGCUCCUGCCAGAGUGCACCCACAUUGCCACCCCAGGUGAGGUGGGGACAGCACCAUGGGAGGGAGGGGCACAGUGACAGCUGCACGCAGAGACACAGAACCUUCCAGACAGAGCUGGUCAGAAUCUCAUCAGUUAAUGUUAGCAUUGGGAGGCAACUUCCAGCCCCGCUUAGAGUGGUGUAACCACAUCACCCCAGUUUUUGCUGUUGGAUUCUCCAGGCAGCACUGGUUUCCGGAUCCCUGACUUUUAAACAGGAAUUAGCAUCCUUUUUCUGCCCGGCCAGCAUCUCCUGCAGGCGGGCCUGGCUGCAGCUCAGAUGCUGGGAGAGUAGGUUCACAUCAGGACAUGCCAAAUCGAUCCCUCACUCUCAUCAGGACCCCCACGGGGGGAGCACCAGCUCCAGGGUUUUCCAUCAGCCUCUGGUCUGAGUGGCUGCUCCUAGCCUCCCUCCCAUGAAACUCCCCAGCAGGAGCUCUGGGCUCUCACAGGCGGGGUUCAGCUCCAGAAAACUCCCGCUGAGGAUCAGUGCUGACCUGGGGCUUCCUGAGAAGAAUGAGGGUCCCAAAGAGUCCUACAGACCCUCAACCACAAGUGUCCUUGGAGGACAGGAAAGGAGCUGGGAGGCAGGACACUUCGGCUUUGGCAGGGCCUGAUCCUGUGAGCCCCCAGGUGCAGGGCGGGUUACAAGAUGGGCUGUAGGAUGGGGUCACCCACUGCUCAGUCCAGCCAGCCAGCCACUUGACCAUUCAUCCAGCUGCCAGCACAUCCCCCUCAUUAUCCAUCUACACAUGGCCAUUCAUCCUCCAUGAGUCUAUCCCCACACCAACACGUGCCAGUGCAGCCCCCUCACCAUCCAUCUACACACACACCGGCCAAUGCCCAGCUCCUCCAGUGCCACCCACCAUCUCCCACAAGCACAACCUAACAGUCCUCCUACCCACUAGCCAUUCAUUGCCAUCAAACCAUCCACCUACCUGUGUACCCAUUCUCCAUGCACAUCCAGCCAGCCACUCACCCUGACCCACCUGUCAACCUACCACCCAUGUGCCCUUCAUUUACCCAACACACACUUAUCAACUAGUUAUCCAGUUGCUUGCCACAUCAAUCCAAUAGCAACAAGUACCUCCAUCCAAUCAGCAAAAGAUUCAUUGAUCAGCCCCUUUAUUCAACCAGGAAUCCAUUCACCCAUCCACCCUAACCCAAACCACCUCUUCAGUAAUACAACCACACACCAACUAAUCCACCAGCCAUCUGUCAGUCUGGCUGAUCCUCCUAUUCACACAUCACCAAACCAACUAUCACCCAUCCAUUUAACCAGCCACCUACCCAUCUGUCCAUCAAUGUAUCAGCUAUCCACCUGCCAAACCAUUCCUCCCCCCACCCCAUCAUCCACCCAUCCAUCCAACACCCCAGGCAAGCAUCCAUAGUGACUGCCCCCCAUCCAUCUACCCAUCUCUUCACCUGUCAUCCGUCCACCCCUUCCAACUAUCCAGGCCACUUCCUGAACCCUCCUUCCAUCUCUUCCCCACAUAUCCAGCCACCCACAAAUUCAUUCAACAAAUAUGCAUUCACUAACAAACACUUAGCAAGCACUCACCAACACCAGGUGUUGAUUGAGGUGCUGGGUACACCUCAGGAACAAAUUAGAGGAGCAUGCAUUCUAGCCGGGUGAGACGAACAGGAAACAUCAACAAAGAGCUGUUGCAUGUCAGGGGAUAAGUGCUACAUGUAAGGCAGAACUGGGUCCUGGAGGGAGAAACGGGCUUCUCUUCUGGGUGAGGUGGUGGGGAAGGCCUCUCUGAAAAAGGCGGCAUCUGAGGAGACGAGGGAGACAUGAAGCACGAAGGGCAUUCCAGGUAGAGGGUACAGGAAGCACGGUGGCUCUGAGGCCCGAGGAUGCUCUGGAGGUUGGAGGGGACUGAGUGGCUGUCAGCCAUCCAGAACCGAGGCUGUGAGAAGCAGCAGAUGCCAGCCCCUCUGUGGGUGAAUAGGAGGCAGGGCUGGCCUGGACAGGUACGAUCAGCCUCACUUCCCAAGCCCGGGCCACCUGCUGUAGCCCCAAGCCUCUGGAAACAGGCUCAUCCUCCACCUGAGUGACGUUCAGACUUGGGAAAGGGUGGGAGCGGCUGGAACAUACGCUGGGAGGUCAGCAGGGCCCGCCCACCGGCAGUGGGCUCAGAGGUGGCCGAGGCACUGACUCUGGGUGGGAGCUUUGCCCUGCCUCCUGCAGCCCCCAGCUGCCUGCCUUUCCCUCAGAGGCUCCACACUUGGCUGUUCCUCAGUCCCACGGUUUCUCGGGACCAGCAUCAGGGCCGCAUUGAGCCUUCACCUUUGAGGCCACACCAGGCCCCGGCUGGGUGGACCCCUGAGGAUCCAGACUCACAGAGGCCAGGCACACAUGCCACCUUGACAUGUGUUGCUUUCCACCAUGAGGAUGGUGUCUGCCGCCAGCUCCCCUCAGGCUGCUCAGGGCCGUGCCCUCCACAAACCACUCACCCUCAGCAACCAAGCAGGGGUCCUGAGACGAGGCUAGAAGGGUCCGGGGUUCCUGCCCAGCCCCCGUUCCUGUUCGAGUGGCCUUGGAUGAGUCGCUUUCUCUCUCUGCUCCUAAGCUGCACUGUUCCUAGAAUGGGAUCUCGAACCUGGACCCUGAAGAGCUGUGGUGACAAUUAUAUGUGACAGCUGAUGUGAAAACAAGUUCUAAAUGUUUUCUGCACCGAUACUGAACUUCACUGGGGCCCUGGGCUCCUGGACCCAGCACAGGCUCGGACAUGCCCCCACUCUGUGUUCCUGAAAAGGGUUUCCUGAAAGGAACCGCUUCCUCAUGGGACUCAGGCAAGACUCACAACACCCCCUGGUUUACCGGGGCAAGGCCAGCCCGAAACUCCCCAGUCCCUCUGCCUUGUGAACGAUCCCCCUGACUGCUCCUCCCACUGAGCCACCCCACAGGAUGCCUGUGACCCAGGCUUGGGUUAACAUGGCGCCGCCCUCCAGGUCCUCAUCUGAGGCCCCAACUGGAGGCAGCAGACAGCCCCUCAGAGGCCAGGGUGGUUCCAGGAGGAACUCUACUCCACUGUCCCAUGGGUACCGUCAUCCUUUCUCCCAACACUCAUGCCUCUAGCCUUGCCGACCACUUUCUGUAAGAGAAAACCCCUGUCCCAACCCUCGAGACGCCUGCAGAGCUCAUGGUCAGGCAUCCUCCUCCCUGCAGCCGGCCCCUCCCUUAAGACUGCACGUGUCUUUCUCUGGCAUUGGUUCUCAGUGGUUCUUAUGAUGGGGACAAUGGUCCCCUCUCUUCUGACUGCACCUGCCCAGGGAAGACACCAGCAUUCCUGGCCCCAUGUCCAGCUGUGGCCCAGGGCUCCAUGAGGACCCAGGAACUGUGGCACACAGGGUCCCUCUGCUCGGUGGCUGAUGUGGUAAGGAGGGACAGACCCACUGCAAGGCCCCACGCAGGCACUGUACAAAUGACCCUUCUCACAAUGGCACAGGCUCUCUGGGGGCUCACAUAUGUGACAGCUAUGGGGGGAGGGUGGGAGGCUGUGGUCUAAGCCAAGCCCCAGGUCCUGCCCCACAGGUCCAGGAAGGGACAGGAUGACAGGCAGGACAGGCCAGGGUGAGCGAAGUCUUGACCCUGGUGUUAACCCAAAAUAUCUGAGAUGGGUCUCAGUCAAUUUAGGAAGUUUAUUUAGCCAAAGUUAAGGACGUGCGCCCAUGACACAUCCUCAGGAGGUCAUGAUGCCCAAGGUGGUCAGGGUGCAGCUUGGUUUUAUACAUUUUAGGGAGGCAUGUGGCAUCAAUCAAUAUGUGUAAGAGGUACAUUGGUUUCAUCCAGAAAGGCAGGACCACUGGAAGGAGGGAGGGGGCUUCCUGGUCACAGGCAGGUGAAGAACAAACUUGCAUUCUUUUGAGUCUCUGAUUAGCCUUUUCAAAGAAGGCAAUCAGAUAUGCACGUCUCUCAGUGAGCAGAGGGAUGGCUUCAAAUAGGGAGGCAGGUUUGCCCACAGCAGUUCCCAGCUUGAUUUUUCCCGUUGUGUAGUGAUGUUGGCGUCCCAAGAUUUAUUUCCCUUUCACACUGCCUUCAGCCCUCAGGUCACCCAGAGUACAGGUUCGGUUCUGGGAGGCUCUGGGCGAGAUGGGCUCUUUGAGUCCCAGCUGACCGGGCUGCUUGGGAAGGCAGUGAGCACAAGCUCCUGUUUAACCUGUACUGUGAGCAUCACUGCGAGUCCCUGGUGAACCGGGCUGCAGGGAUAAGGGACCCUCGAGGCCACAGGCAAGGAGGCUGGCAGGCCAGUGUGGUCCACAUCUGGUGACACCACACCUCGCCGGCACCCUGCUCUGGGUAUUAGUAAGCAAGGGUGACCCCUCACUGGCACCCUGCUCUGGGUGUUACUAAGCAAGAGCGACCCCUCGCCAUCCCUCCCUUGCCUCCCAGCCCUUCUGUGAGCUGAGAAAGAGUCUCCAAAGGCCGCGGGGCAUUCGAGCAGCCCCUGUGAGCCAUUUUGCUUCCGCAUCUCAUAUUUCCCUGUGUCUUUUCACCAAAUAUAUGAAGUUGUGAACACAAAACUGUCAACUGAGCUAGCUGUCUCCCUCUAACAAGAUCAGUCCCAAUUAUGCCAGCUGCCAGGAGGGUGCUGAGAGCUGUGUUCAUCUGAGAUCCUGUCUUCUGCGGUGAUGUGGUGACGGUGCAGGGCAGGCCCAGGGAGUGUGUUUGAGAGGCCCCUGUGGCCGCUUCCAGAGCACCAUCAGAGAGACUCAGAGGCAUCCAGCCUGAGCAACAUGGCAACACCCCUUCUCUCCAAAAAAGAAAUACAAAAAUUAGCCGGGCAUGGUGGUGCAUGCCUAUGGUCCCAGCUACUCAGGAGGCUGAAGAGGGAGGAUUGCUUGAACCCAGGGGACAGAGGUUGCAGUGAGCUGGGAUCAUGCCACUGCAUUCCAGCCUAGGUGAGUGAGAAUUUGUCUUUAAAAACAAAAACAAAAAGAUAGAGGAAAGAAAGUCAUAAGGAAGAAAAAAUAUAUUUGCUGAGCUGGCACAGCAGGAGGGAAGGGAUUUCCUCAUGGCGGAUCCUGGAUUGGGGGCAUGGAGGCAAAGCUUUCAGUUGGACAUGUCAACACUGUCCCCACAACAGCAAAAACACCAAGGAUGGCAACCCCUAGGUAGGGGCGGCCCCUCUGAGGCACGCUGAGCCCUUCCUUAUUUCACAUGUGCUCACGUCGGCCCUGGGGGGACAAGUCGUUGCCAGUCACACUAGAGUAUACACAAGGUGUCCCCCUGUGCCUGACCCUGGGGAGGAGGAGGCUGGUCCUACCUGGGGCAGGAGGAUGGAGAGAAAGGAGACCAGAGCCAGCUGUGAGUCUCCAACGGUUCUGGCCAGGCAAGCAGGGGCAAGCAGCAUCUGCAAAGAGGCUGGGGUGUAAUUCUGGCAACAGCUUGAUGGGGAUCUAAGUGGGGGGAGGCUGGAGAGGUGGCUGUGAGUAAUCAAUGAACUCUACUAAACAGGAAUUCAAUCCAGGGCCUGGCACUGUAACCCAAAUAUCUUCAGGGGUCCAGAUGGCCCAGUCCAUGCACAGACUUCCCUUCAAAGGAAGCCAAAUCAGAGCUGAGGGACUUGAGGAAUUGUAGUUCUUCACUGUCAGUUUCCUUGUUAAACCUCCCUGCGGUUUACAGGGAACACCAUGAAGAAAUCCAAUCCAGACAUCUUUCCUUCACAGACUCCACACUCAGCUUCUCCCCCUCCCACGCUGCUCCUCCCUGUCCUUCCCAGACCCCACACUCAGCCUCUCCCUCUCACAGUGAUCCUCCCUAGUCCAUCCCAGACCUCAUCCUCAGUUUCUCCCCAUCCCACACUGCUUCUCCUUGUCCUUCCCAGACCCUAUGCUCAGCUUCUCCCCCUCUCACGCUGCUCCUUCCUAGUCUUUCCCAGACCCCACACUCAGCUUCUCCCUCCCAGCUGCUCCUCCCCAGUCCUUCCCAGACCCCACACUCAGCUUCUCCCUCUCACAGUGAUCCUCCCUAGUCCAUCCCAGACCUCAUCCUCAGUUUCUCCCCAUCCCACACUGCUUCUCCUUGUCCUUCCCAUACCCCAGGCUCAGCUUCUUCCUCUCACGCUGCUCCUCCCUCAUCCCUCCCAGACCCCACACUCAGCUUCUCCCUUCCACCUGCUCUGCCCUUGUCCUUCCCAGAACCCACGCUCAGCUUCUCCCCAUCCCAGGCUGCUCCCCCCCUCCCUCCCAGACCCCAUGUUCAGCCUCCUUCAUCCCAGGCUACUCCUCCCCUGUCUUUCCCAGACCCCACAUUCAGCCUCCCCCUCCCAGGCUGCUUCUCCCUUUCCUACCCAGACACCACAUUCAGCUUCUCCCUCCCACACUGCUCCUCCCCUGCCCUUCCCAGACCCCACGCUCAGCCUCUCCCUCCCACGCUGCUCCCCCCUGUCCUUCCCAGAACCCAUACUCAGCUUCUCCCCCUCCCAGGCUGCCCCUCCCCAUCCCUCCCAGAACCCACACUCAGCUUCUCCCACUCCCAUGCUGCUCCCCCGUGUCUUGCUGCUCCCUGCUCCUUUCUCCUUCCUCCUGGGCCUCCACCCACCCAUCCUGCCUGCUGGUCACAGUCACUGUGCUAACGACCUCCCCCACACAGCCCACAGGGCCCACCCCCCAGGCUCGCUGUAACUGCUUUCUAUGAGAGGGCUGUGCGUGGGCAGCUCUGGUGACACACACUGGCAUGUCACCCUGGGCAUGUCGUGGGGAGCCACUGGAGAAACCCUGCACUAGAGCAAGGAAUCAGCAAGAAGAAGGGCAGCCUGAGCCAGAGCUGGGAGCGGAGUAGGAAGGCUGUGGGGUACAGGGAGGCAGCAGGGCGGGAGUGGCGAAGCCCUGCAGCAGAGGGGGAAGCUGCUCCCGCCCACAUUUGCUCCCACAGGAAGAUGCCAGAAGACCCUUCCGCCAACUUUGCCUUUAGUUUCUGGUUUCCAAGGAAAUCUGAGAGCCUGGACACGCUUUAAUGAGCCCUGGAGGUGACACCUCCUGGUGGGUCCCACUUGAAAGGCUGUCGACUCUGCUCUAGGCCCUCCCUUUAAGCCAUCCUGGGGCACCUGCCUGGGACAUACAUCCCCAAGGAGACACCAUCCCAUCAGGCACAAAGCCUGCACUAAGCGUGCUGCAGUCACCUGCUCUGUCAUUCUGGAAGGGGGCUCAGCCCACCCUCACUGGGGCAGAAGGCAGAAUCAGACCACCUGUGUAUAAGGGGCAGUGAUAUUCAGAAAGAAAUCAGCACUGAGCUUAUGAAAACACCAGCGGCACAAGCAGAAGAGCAAGGGAACAAGGGCUCAGAGGAAAAUCCUUCCUCACAAAUAGAUGUGCUUCACAUAACAGAAAAAAAUAUAUAUAUUUUUAAAAAGAUUUACUGUGCUAUCCAUAAGGCACAAGGACUGCAGCUGCUAAAAAUCAAAAUCAAGCUCACAGGGGCCAGGACACUCUGAUCAACAGGAGGAAGAUUCUAAGAGGCAAUGUCAAUGGAGUGAUUGCCCACCACAUGCCAGAAAACGGAGUGCCCCUCACACAUAUGGACUCAGCACUUCCAGGCGGAAUGCCCUGGCAUGCAGGAGUAGCCUGGUAUGUGGGUGAGUCACAGGUGAGUCUAGACGGGGUGCCUGGUCCUGUAUCCUCCAGAUGUUGCAUGGAAAUUGUUAUUAUCUUUGUCUUCCCCCAUGAGCACAAAGCUGAGAACUGCUGUGUGCACUUCAUCCACAUUCUAAGCUCCAGUGUUCACUACAAGUAUCCUCAUUUUAAAGACAGUAGGCCCACAUGAAGUAAUUCUCCCAAAGUCACGCAUUUCAAAGUGAAGGAACCACGAUUUGAAUCCAGGCAGUUUCACUCCAGGUGCUGUACCUCCAACCACUAAACUACGAAAUCACUAACCUUUACUAAAUGCUUUCUAUGUGCCAAGCACAACAGCCGCAUUAUCUCAUUUAAUUCUCCCAGAGACUCUCUAAGAUAGGAAUUUGUGUUUCUAUGUUAAAGAUGGUACACUGAGAUGAACUGAGGCCAGGUUACACAGUUAGGAUAUGAUGGAGUUCUAACAAAACGGUUCAGGGCUUUGAAACUAAAAUCAAGGGAAAAGUGUAUCCGAGACCACCUGAUCCACCAAGGAGAACCAAACAAGUAGAUCACCCUUGAAAACAAGAACAAGAAAUUAAGACAGUGUGGCAUUGGUAUAAGGAUAGGCAAAUUGACGGGCAGAACCUAAGAGAGAGUCCGGAAGCCACGCCAUCUCUGCAGUCACCUGAUCUAUAACAAAGACAAGGCUGAGAUGUGGGGCUGGGGGGCUGGAGGGGUGUGGUCUUUUCCAUUGCUGAGUCGACUGGAUAUCCAAAUGGAAAAAAGAAAGCAGCCUUACCCCUGCCUUACACCACAUACAAAAAUAAAUUUCAGAUGGCCUGGAGAUCUAAAUGCAAAAGGGAACACAAUAAUGCUUUUAGAGGAAAACACAAAAAACAUCUUCAUGACCUCAGCUUAAGCAAAGAUUUCUUAAACAAAACACAAAUCAUUAACCCUGCAUUUGUGGGAGGCUGAGGUGGACAGAUCACUUGAGCCCAAGAGUUUGAGACCAGCCAGGGCAACAUGCCAAAACCCUGUCUCCACAAAAAUUACAACAAUUAUCCAGCUGUGGUGGUGAACACCUGUAGUUCCAGAUAUUCAGGAGCCUGAGGCAUGAGGAUUGCUGAAGCCUGGCAGGUCAAGGUUGCAGUGAGCCAAGUUCGCAGCAUUUUACUCCAGCCUGGGUGACAGAGCGAGACCCUGUCUCAACAAAUGAGACAAAACAACAACAACAAAAAACUUCAUAUCAUCAAAAGACACUGUUAUGAGAACUGCAAUUCAUAUAUCUGAAAAGGACUCUUAACCAAAACAUAUGAGGAACUCAUGUAAACCAACAAAAAUAAGAUUGAUAUCCCACAGAAAAGGGGAAAAUACUUGCACAGAUGCUUCACAAAAGAAGCAAUUCAAAUGGCCAAGAAAUAUACAAAAAAGUGUUUGACACCAUUAAUCAUCAGGAAAAUGCAAAUUGAAACUACAGUGUAAUCCACUUACACACCUACCAGCAUGACUAAAAUAAGGAGACAGAAAAUGAUAGGUGUCGGCAAGGAUAUGGAACAACUAGAACUCUGUUGCAGCUGCUGGUGAGAGAGUCAAUGGGGCAGUCACCUGAGGCAGAAGUUUCACCCAGCCCCAAUAUCACCUCAUCUUAACUGAUAACAUCUGCAACAACUCUAUAUACUAAUAAGCUUGCAUUCUGGAAUUACUGGGGGUUAAGGCUUCAAUAUAUCUUUUUUAUUAAUUUAUUUAUUUAUUUGAGAUGGAGUCUUGCUCUGUCACCCAAGCUGGAAUGCAAUGGUGCAAUCACAGCUCACUUCAGCCUUGGACUCCUGGGCUCAAGAGAUCCUCCCAUCUCAGCCUCCUGAGCAGCUGGGACUACAGGUGCAUGUCACCAUGCCUGGCUAAUUUAUUUUAUUUUUUUAGAUUUGGGGGUCUUACUACAUUGCCCAGGCUGGUCUUAAACUCCUGCUGGGAUUACAGCUGUGAGCCACUGUGCCCAGCCUCCUGCAACAUAUCUUUUGGGGGGACACUAUUCCACUCAUAACAGUGUGUUUGUCUAUAACACACCUUAUACUCCAAUAAAAGUGUGUUUGAAUUCACAAUAAAAAUAGCUGAUGUGCGUUAAACAUUGGCAACGACCUGGCCUCUGCUCCAUGCACUAUACAUGCCUUGCUUCCUCCUCACUCAAGGUGCUCUGGAUCCUUGGAAAGGAGGCCUAGACGUGGGUGCAGUGGAGAGAAAGGGAGAGGGGCCUGCAGCCCAUCCAAGACAGACUGUCCUCACAUCCUGGGCAUUUGCCUCAGGAGAAUGUAAUGUCUGUGAUCCACCCCCCACCCCCAGGCUCCUGCCCAGGAGAAGGUCAAAAGCUGGUUGGGUCUUAGGGCAUGACCCAAACAGAAGGCUCACUCAGCUGCACUGAGGCAGGAAAAUAGGGUCUGGAGGCAGGGAACCUGAGGCCAAUUCACGCUGACUUCCUAGAGCUAAAUCAAAAGGAAAACCACAACUUUCCACACCUAAGUAACAGAAAGACCAGGGGCUAUUCCCUUUGCAACCCACCCCUCCUUUUCUGCUUGGCAGAUUGAAAAUUGAAACUACCUCUGAUUGGUAACUUUCUGCAACCAAUCAGAUAUUUGCAUAGAAGUGUAAGUUUGUAACUUCGCUUUAGCCUCUAAUUGGUUGCUUUCACAACCAAUCAGACGCUUGCAUGGGGUGUAACCUUUGUAACGUCACUUCAGCCUCUGAUUGGUGGCUUCUCAAUCAGACUGAUUGCAAGCCAUUACCUCAUUUACAUAUGGUGUACACCAAGUAACGAAUGGAAAAUUUCUAGAGGUUAUUUAAAUGCCAGAAAAUUCUGUAACGGGGCUCUUGAGCCCCUGUGCUCAGCCAGCUCCCACCUUGUAGAGUGUACUUUCAUUUUCAAUAAAUCUCUGCUGCUGGCUCCCACCUUGUAGAGUGUACUUUCAUUUUCAAUAAAUCUCUGCUUCUUUCCUUGCUUGGUUUGUGCAUUUUGUCCAAGUCUUUGUUCAAAAUGCCAAGAAACUGAACACCCUCCACCAAUAAUAAUGCCUGGGGCUCAGGUGCCUGUGACCUCCUCCUCUUUGUUUCUUCUUCCCUGAGGAACAUCUUGCUCAGCUCCUCUUAGGAACCAAAUAUCUGGGUACCCCCAAAAUGUAUACAUUGAACCACUAUCCCUUAAUGUGGCUAUAGUUGGAGCUGGUGCCUCUAAGGAAGCAAUUAAGGUUCAAUGAGAUUAUGAGGGUGGAGUGCAAUCCAACAGGAUGAGUGUCCUUAGAAGAAGAGACACCAGAGAGCUCUCUCUCCCCCCACUCCCUCACACUCAGAGGACAGGCCUUGUGAGGACACAGUAAGAAGGCGGCCUCCCACAGCCCAGGGAAGAGCCCUCCCCAGAUGCUAGCCCUACUGGCCUAUGGAUCCUGCACUGCUGGUCUCAGCCCUUCUGGCACCAAGAUCCUGCACUCCUGGUCUCCCGAAGUGUGAGGGAUAAAUGUCUGCUGUUGGAGCUGCCCAGUCUGUGGCAUUUCCUUAUGGCAAAGAGAGCCAACUAAGACAACUCCUGACAUUCAUUAAGGAAAAUGGAAGAGCCAGUAACUCUGCUGCUUUAUCCUUCACAGAGGCAGGAAUCUGAAUUUCAUCAGGAUUUAAAACUGUCUGUCUCUGGAGGCUGGGUAAUGCUGACCAGGACAAGAUCAUUAUCUGUGGAGGCCCUUUCAUUUCAUCAUACUCUCAAGGCUGAAACUUGAUUUCUCCCUCAGAGCUCAAGGCAAGACCAAUUCUCUCCUCUGUGAACAAGAAACACAACAGCUGCUGUAAAAUCUUCAGUGUAAAUGGCAGACUUGCAGCUGCAGAAAAGCAAAGUCAUGGUACAACAGAAAAAUUUGAGAAACACUUCCAAAUCGCAAGUGAAAUUAAAAUAUAGAAGUGAAAAGUCAAGAACAGAGGCAGGUUGGAUGUGAAGGUCUUACAGAGCCAAACCACACACAGCAGAUGCUCCUGAGGAGAAAAUGAAGAAAGGAGCAGAAGUAGCAGCCAAAAACAUAAUAGAAGAAAACUUUCAAGGUGGAGAAAUUGAAAAUGCUGAGCAAAAAAAUAAUGCAGAGAGAGCAAUAAUGCCAGAGGGUGUUGUGCUACACUGAAGUUUGCACUUCAGGAAAAACAGGACAUCAGAAAAGCUCCCAAGAGGAAAAAAGUAAACAGAUUAUCUUCAAAUAAGCUAAAAUUAAGUUGUCUUCAAAUGUGUCUGCUGAAAUAAAAGAUGCCUCCAGACCAUGUGAUAUGGUUCCACUGUGUCCCCACCAAAAUCUCAUCUUGAAUUGUAGCUCUCAUGAUCCCCAAGUAUUGUGGGAGGGACCUGGUAGGAGGUAAUUAAAUCAUGGAGGUGGUUACUCUCAUUCUGUUCUCAUGAUAGAGUGUGAGUUCUCACAAGAUCUGAUGGUUUUAUAAUGGGCUUUUUCCUCUUUGCUCAGCACUUCUCCUUCCUGCCAUCAUGUGAAUAAGGACAUGUUUUCUUCCCCUUCCACCAUGAUUGUAAGUUUCCCUAGGCCUCCCCAGCCGUGAAGAACUGUGAGUCAAUUAAAUCUCUUUCCUUUAUAAAUUACCCAGUCUCAGGCAGUUCUUUACAGCAGCGUGAGAAUGGACUAAUACACCAUGGGAUAACUGAUACUGGCAUAUCUGUGUGGGAAACCCCAGGACCUGAGAACUUUCUGGCCAUUUCUAAAAUCUCCAGAUGGCUGCACCUGUCACCUCUUCUGUAAAAGCUGCUUGAACGGAAUCCUUCAAAAUACCAAACAGGACAGCAGGGACAUCACCAUAGAAAGAAUUGGGCUGGAAUGAUAAGCCAGAUUUUUUAAAAGAAGAAAUAUGUGGACAGAAAAUAUGUGACUGAAACACCAGGAGUUUGAUGUUGGUCUUGUUGCUCACUGCACAGAAAGCCAGUCACUGAGACAAUGAAUACUGCAGGGAAGAAGGAAGGCUUCAUGCAGGUGUGCAGCUGAGGAGGAAGAGGAGAUGAAGACACAGAUAUGCACAGAGGGGCAGCCCUGUGAGGACACGCGGAGAAGACGGCGUGUGCAAGCCAGGGAGACAGAAACCAACCGUGACAACCCCUGAUCUCAGACUGCCAGCCUCCAGAGCUGGGGGAAAGUACAUUUCUGCUAUUGAAGCCCCCAGUCUGUGGUGCCGGGUUAUGCGCCAGUACCCACACGCCAGCCGAGACAGCAAUAGCGAGACACUCCGGACAGGUGAAGGGCGUGCGGCCUUCCCACCACCCACCUGAAAACACUGCCUAAAGAUGAGCCCAGUCCACAAAGCCUGCAUGAAAUGACGCGUUCAACAGCAGGAAAGACCUGGGUGGCAUAAAAAGAAAAAGAGUCAGGGAGACCAAGUCAGGCGAGGGGAGAAUGAGACUGGAAAUGGUUUGGCUGUGUCCCUACACAAACCUCAUCUUUAAUUGCAGCUCCCAUAAUUCCCAUGUGUUGUGGGAGGGACCCAGUGGGAGAUAAUUGAACCGUGGGGGCGGUUUGCCCAUAGCGUUCUCAUGGUAGUGAAUAAGUCUCCUGAGAUCUGAUGGUUUUAAAAGGGGAAACUCCUCUCGCUUGACUCUCAUUCUGUUUUGUCUGCCGCCACGUAAGACGUGCCUUUCGCCUUUCACCAUGAUUGUGAGGCUUCCCCAGCCACGUGGAACUGUGUGUCUGUUAAACCUCUUUCUCUUCAUAAAUUA